AUGACAGAAGCUUUUCGUUCACUUGGCAGAGGUUCAUUUUAUAUGGAUGGACCCAUGUUCUCAAACUAUAGAUUUCUAGUAACCUGUCACCCUAAGAACUUGGAAUAUAUACUCAAAACCAACUUCUCCAAUUUCCCAAAAGGAGAAAGUUUCAAGGAAAUUUUCGAUGCACUUGGUGUUGGGAUUUUUAAUGUGGAUUCUGAUACUUGGAGACUACGGAGGAAACUGGCUCAUGCAGGGUUUAGAUUAGGAGAAUUUAAAGCUCAAGUUGCUAACACUAGCCGUAAGGUGGUAGAAGAACAGUUAGUACCAUUUCUAGCUCAUGUAGCCGAAGAAGGGUUCAGCAUCGAUUUGCAAGAUGUUUUCUCAAGGUAUGCUUAUGAUAUUAAUAUGGGUAUGGUUUUCGGUAGGUAUGAAAACUAUCUAUAUAUAGGUCUUCCUUCAAAUGAGAUGGCUGAGAUUACAGAUGCUGCACAGCGCGCCUUAUUGUUCAGGAACGUAGUGCCUCUGUUUGUCUGGAAAUUACAGCGUCUGUUUAAAAUUGGUAAAGAGAGAGUGAUAAUGAAGGCUCAAAAAAUGGUAGAUGAAAACUAUGAUAAUAGCAGUAAUUUUGCUUCCUUGGCUGGGAAAUACAAUUAUCUUAAAGAUGAAAUGCUGAAUUUAUUCUUGGCCGGGCGAGAUACAAUAAAAUCAGCUCUCACUUGGUUUUUCUGGUUAAUUUCAACCACACCUUAUGUUGAAGCAAAGAUCUUGGAAGAGUUGUAUUCUGUGGUGUCUUUGACAAAGAGAACCCAUGAAUGGCCAUGGGUUUUCCCUUCAGAUGACUUGAAAGGAUUGGUUUAUUUGCAUGCGGCUUUAUCUGAAUCCUUAAGGUUAUAUCCACCACUUCCUAUCAACCGAAAAUCAGUUGUCAAGAAAGGCGUACUUCCUGAUGGAAGUGUGGUGACUCCUGGAAUGGAGAAACUACUUUCUUUCUAUUCAGUAGGAAGAAUGCCAUGGGUUUGGGGUGAAGAUUGUUUGGAAUUUAAGCCAGAGAGAUGGAUAACUGAAAAUGGGAAGCUAAUUGAUCCAACAUCCAGAUUCGUGCCGUUUAACAUUGGUGCGAGAAGUUGUUUAGGCAGAGAUGCAGCUUUUACACAAAUGAAAUCUGUUGUUGCAGCUGUGUUAUUCAACUUCCAUGUUGAGGUGGUGAAAGGUCAUCAUGUUUGCCCUCAACAGGGGACAACCCUUUAUAUGAAAAAUGGAUUGCAAGUGAACAUUAAGAAAAGGACAGCUUAG